GAUACUUUGGGAGAGGAGGGAUGUAUUGAAACAGACUACUGCUACUUACAGCAGCACCGUAUAGCAGCCCUGCUUCUACAUUUUGCUGCCUUACUCUGCCCCAAAUGCACCGGAAUGGGAAUGGUCCAUCGGCAACUAUAAACUGAUUCUGCUCAGGAAACUGCACAUUAUCUCUCCAUCACUUCAAAGGUCUUGUCAGGCAGAGGUGACGCCAGGAGAUGAUUUAAAGGUGAAAAUGACAAGGUUUCCACCCCUCAAACCUUGGCUCCUUUUCUGACAAUACAGUCUGAAUGAACCUGCUGUCUUUAUUGUGGAAAUAGGAUCAACAGAGGAAAAAUAUAUAUAUAUAUUUUUAACUCCUGAUAAGGAAGAUUGUUGGGAAGCUCUUUUUUAAAAAUCUCAAAUUGUGGCACAGAUGGAUUUUAAAAAGUGUUAGCUCUUUCCAAUGAACGCUAAUAGAGUACUCUGCUCUUGGCUGGAUUUUUCAGAGAAUGGCAAUGAUCUCUGCGAUGUCCUGGGUGCUGUAUUUGUGGAUAAGUGCUUGUGCAAUGCUCCUCUGCCAUGGAUCCCUUCAGCACACCUUCCAGCAGCACCACCUGCACAGACCAGAAGGAGGGACAUGUGAAGUGAUUGCAGCACACAGAUGUUGUAACAAGAAUCGCAUUGAGGAACGGUCACAAACAGUAAAGUGUUCUUGUCUACCUGGGAAAGUUGCUGGAACGACAAGAAACCGACCUUCUUGUGUUGACGCCUCCAUAGUGAUUGGGAAGUGGUGGUGUGAGAUGGAGCCUUGCCUAGAGGGAGAAGAAUGUAAGACACUCCCUGACAAUUCCGGAUGGAUGUGUGCUACAGGCAACAAAAUUAAGACCACAAGAAUUCACCCAAGAACCUAACAGAAGCAUUUAUCAUAGUAAAGAAAAACCAACCCUAAGGAAAAUGCAUUUUGAGAAUUGAAAACAUCUUACACAUUUACAAGCCAAAUGGAUUUCUUAUUUGCACUCUGACUGGUUAGUAGAUAAUCACAGUGCAUUUACUGUGUGUAACAAAAUAUCCUAUAAUGAGAAGACUUGGAGUUUUUGGCAACACCAUGGAAAGUGCGUUUUAAAAAAAAGGGUUUUCUCAGUGAAAUUUUUUGGGAUCAUGAAGAACGAUCAACUAUCUUCUAAUUUGAAUCUAUAGUUACUUUGUACCAUUUGAAAUAUAUGUAUAUAUAUAAUAUUUUGAAAUAUUAUAUAUUCUCUUCAAGAAAUGAACAGUACCACAGUUUGAGACGGCUGGUGUACCCCCUUUGAGUUUUGGAUGUUCCGUCUGUUUGCUUUGUUUUGUUUGUCAUUUCUUUUCCUAUCGGCAAGGAAGAUAUAUGUCCUUGAAAGAAUUCAAGAAUGGCACUGACACUGGAAGGCCAGCUACAGGUGGACUCCUGGAAUAUGAGGCAUCAUAAUGAGACUGAGUCAAGAGCUUCCUUCUGUUUCUACUGGAUGGCCCAAGGAAGCACAUCGUCCUGUUUUAUUGCUUUCUACCCUGUGCAAUAUUAGCAUGCAAGCUUGGCUUACAUAACCAUACUUUAUAUUCGAUUGAUAUAUAAUCACCGUUCUAACCUCUUCCAGGAAAAUAUUUUUAGAACUACUAGCUUUUCCACAUACAAGUAAAUGAGGAUUCUUGAGGGAGCUGCUCCACCAUGCUAUUAAGACUCUGGCAGAGUUAUGGUAGGAUAUGGAUCCCUGUAUUAAUAAGUCCUGUAAAUACAAUGUCUUAAGGCUUUGUAUAGCUGUCCUAGACUGCAGAAAUGUCCUCUGAUUAAAUCCAAAGUCUGGCAUCAUUAACUACAUAGUGCUGUAGCAACAAGUCUUAUCAUGGCACUUCUUUCUAUGUUUGAUUUGCUUUUUUCCAAGAGUAUUCAGAUAUCCUCUGGUGAGAUAGGAAGGCCAUGAAAUCAAUUAGGUUUCAGAAUGAUCUAUGUGACCAAAUGUUGGACAGCCCUAUUAAAGUGGUAAAUAACUUCUUUCUAA